UUUUUUUUUACAAAACAAAGUAUCGGAGUCUUGAAAAUUGAAUCCAUAUUAUUGUAAAUGUACAUAAGAGUUUAUGAUUACAUAUUUAGUGAUUCUUGUAUAUGUGUCCAAGAAAGUUUCAAUGACUUAGUGGUAUCUGACUUAUAUUUAUGUCAUACUAACCCGGGUUCGAUCCUUUCUUUUGCAUUAUUUUUUCAUUUUUUACGAAAAAAUAAAUGAAAUGACAUGGCAACUUCGGACUCUCUGAUUGGAUGAUUUUUUGUGCCUACGUGGACACUCUAAGAGGAGCUUAUACCCCCCCCCCCCCCCCCUUUUAGUAUAGUAUAGAUUCAAUGUAUUUUGCUAAUUUUUAUUUUAGACAAAACCUUACAAUAGAGUUGAAAUUUUAUUCAAUAUAUCCUUAAGAAUAUCAUUUCUAUAAGUAUAGAAGAAAAUAGAUAAAUGUUAGUUUUUCCUUCAAAUAUAGAGGAAAAUAGUAAUACUAUUUUAGAAAAAGAAAAAAAAAUUAGGUUAAAGUACAAAUAUAUCUAAAUGUUAUUGAGAUAAAUAUAGAAAUGAGUUAUAGACGUUUUUAUCACCUUAUUUUCAAAAGUGAGUAGUAGUUGUAACUUGUAUGAUGAUUACUGCAAAAUGUAUUAUCUUUAUCACCUUAUUUUCAAAAGUACACAAAUUGACUGCUUAUUAAUAAUUGGAUAUUAGAAGGAGAUAUAUAUUAUAAUAGGUACAAGUGGUGUGUUACAUUUGGAAGAAUAAUUGGAAUAUAUAUCCAAGUUAGAUAUAUAUAUAUCUGUGACAAAAAAAAAAAAAGUUAGAUAUAUAUAAAAAAAGAAGAAGAGGGAAAGUGACAAUUAUUUGAAGAAAAUAAAAAAGGAGUCUGGACUGGGAGUGGAGAGAUGAGUCUAUAAAUGAGAGAGAUAUGUGGGGAGAGGCGCACGCUCCACUUUUCUCCAUCUAAAGAGUCACUCUCUUUUCUUACACACUACUCUAAUCAAAUCAUCCUUUCUCUCAGAAAAAAAAUGGACCCACUCGAUUUCGACAGCGUGAAAGCAGAGAAAGCCAAGGCGUUGCGGCGUUACAACAGUUUCCACAGAGUCGGCCGUUUCUUCCGCGCUGCUGAGGUUUGCGUAGCCAUCCUCUUCCUCUUUUGGACGUUUUCCCGCCUUCCUUUCGCCGUCCAAAUCUCCCGAGAGUUUCUCCGCCGUAUCGCCGGCGUUGUAUCCACUCCUCUCUUCGUCUUCCUCCUCGGGAACUGCAUCGUCGUCCUUCUCCUCACCAAAUCAUCUCAAGAGGAUAACGACAGAGGUUCUUCUGCCCUAAACGCAGACACAGAUAUAUACGAGGCGUUGGUCAGAUCUGUUGAGAAUCAAUACAAAGAAGCAGAUGAGUUGGAAGAGAAGAUCGUUUACGAUGACAAAGAGGUGAUCGUCAUUGAUUUGAUGAGUUCAGAUAUUCCUCGUGAAGAAAACAAUAAGCUCAAGGUGUAUGGAAGAAGCAAAUCCGACAUAAAGCAGACUAGUGCAGAUGAUGAUGAUCAUAUGGUGGUGAUCCCUAAACCUUCUUCUCUCCAGAGAUCGGAGACUGAAAAGUGCAUGAGAAUCGGCCAUAAUAAUAAUAAGAAUGAUAAGAAUAGUUAUGCAGAGGAUAACCUAGCAACGAAGAGUUUCAGAAAACGAUCGAAGCUUUCAUUGCCAAACAGCUGAUAUUUCGUCGCCAAGAAUCUUUAUCCGUCGUUGUCCACAACAAAGCCUAACCAAUAUUAUAAAAAAUGGCAUCUGGUUCUCUCCCCGCCAAAGUUAAAAAAUCAACCACAUGGAAUCUUAUUUCAAUAUUCCAGUUAGUGUGUACAAAUCUCAUCUCUACUCUCUCUCUCUCUCUCUCUAUGUACAGUUGUAAUUAGUUGCUUAUCAUGGAUGGAAGAUAUAUAAUUAUAUAUCUUGUACGUUGUUUGUUAUAGUUAGUGAGUGUCACUUCGUUUCCUCAGUUUGAUGAUACAAAACUUGAAAGUAGACUUGUUGUCUCGUGACUAUGAUAACUAUCUCUUUUUUCAGUUUUUGUUUAAUUAUAAAAAACUUUGAUCAGUGUCU